AUGGCAUUGAAACAAGGCGAAACAUUCCCAAAGGAUGUUGUAUUUAAGUAUAUUCCAAUCGAUUUAAACAGCAAGCAAGAUCCAUUGGCAUGCGAACAGCCUAUUUUGCUCAAACUUGAUAAGCAUUUGGAAGAAACAGACGGAAAUACAUUAAUCGUUUCCGUCCCAGGAGCCUUUACUCCUACUUGUACCGAGAACCACAUUCCGCCCUUCUUGAAGAAUUUGACGAAAUUGAAGAAUGAAAAGAACAUUGGAUCAAUUAUAGUCAUUAGUGCUAAUGAUGCAUUUGUCUUAAAUGCUUGGGGAAAGUUAUUAUUAUCUACAGUAAAGGUGACAGAACCAGCACCAAAGAUUUUCUUUGCCUCUGAUGGAAAUGCUGCCUUUAGUAAAGAGAACGAUUUAUCCGUUGAUGCUUCUGCAAAUGGUAUGGGUAUCAGGUCUGCCAGGUAUGCGAUCGUUGUUGAAGCUAAGACAAGAAAGACCUUAUAUUUGGGCAAAGAAAUUGAAAGAGGUGUUAAAUUCAGUGGAAUUGACGCUAUUUUGCAAGCAAAAUUAUAA